UUCGGAACGUGAAUAUUUUUUUCGGUUAUUUUAAUAUUAGUUUGGUGCAUACCGUAUUACGUAAAAUAAUCGGUAUUUUAUCUAGUGAUUAUUGGAUUAUUGUUUUUUAAAGUGCAUGUUAUAAAGAUAAAAGUUCUUUAAGUGUGUGUGUUACAAUUACAUGGUCACGGUUGGAAAGGACUUGAAAUAAUACUCCUACAGUCUUGAAGAUGAUCUGAAGAAUGGUGUAUCCAGGACUUCGGACAAGGUUGGGCAACUGAUACACACAAACGGACAAACAAACGCUGUAACCAUUGAAAGUGAGAAUAAAGACACACAGAAGAUGGACGGGGAAGAAAAAACUCAAGAUGAGAAAAAAUCCAAAAUCCCCAUGUUGAGAUUGAGACAAGCAGUCGAGAAGGUCAAAAAAGAAAGGGCAGCACAAAAGGCGAAAGAAAAACCAAGGCGAUCAUCCAUUCCAAAACUGAAAGACGCUAAAAAAGUAGUGAAAAGAGACACCUCACUGAAAAUAGAACCUCGAGUGGACGACGAAUUCGACAAACUCUACGAAGAAAUCGUCGACAACAAACAAAAAGAUAUCGAUGAUAAAUUAUUAACAGUCACAAUUGAUGAUCCGGACAAAAUCGAGACGAAAUUCGAGGAAAUAAUCCACGCUUACGAUGAAGAUGAGCAAGAAAGACAUACUGUUACCAGAAUAUCUAAGAUACCUGCUUUAAGAAGAAAGGAAGAUGAUAAGCCUAGUCGAAUAGGAGCAUUAAUCGAUAGAGCCAAAGAAAAGAGCGCAACGUCAGAAACUAAGCUUAAAGACGGUGGAUUUAAAGUCACUGCAUCAACUAUUAGAACGAAAAGGUUUUCAAGAGGUAACAGUCGAGAUUUGAGUAAAGAAGAACAGCAAAUUGAGGUUACAGAAACUAUUUAUAUUAAAGAAAGUGGGGACGAUGAUGUGUUUGGUAAAGAAGCUAAAACUGAAACUUCUACUCGUAGUAUUACAAAACAUGUGACAAAAGACGAUCAAAAAGCUGAUUCUGAAACAGUAGAUAGCAAUGAAGAAGUUAAAAAUAUUACCUCAGAAAACUUAGAAAAGGUUGACGGAACUACAAAUAAAAACAAACGAUUUACUAGAACUGUCAGUAAAGAAAUGAGGGAGAGAAGACUUAAUAGAGACUUAAAUAGGAAUUUGGAAGAAGUUAGAAAGGCUACUUCUAAGAAAAUCAAAGAAAAUUUGACGGCAGCUAAAGUAUCAGAAAUCGAUGAUAUUAUUACUAAGGAUGAUGUUCAAGCUAAACCAGAAAAAGAAAAGAUAGUUCGUGCUGUUUCUAGAGAAAUUAAGAAAGAUGGUCAGAAUAUUAGUAAUACUGAGACAGUGACUGUUGAAAAUCUAGAAGAUGGAGGAACUCGUACUGUUACCACAAAAACAACUGUAACUGAAACUUUAAGAGUCGGGGAACCAGUUGUUACUGAAAAAAUUGUUCGCAAUAUAAGCCGUGAAAUAGACAAUGAUAAUAUCGAAACUGUUGUAACUACUGAAGAAAUAAAGGAUGGAGGUGCCAAGAAAAUCAGCAAAGAAAUAGUUAAAGGUAUUCCUGUGAGAACAGAAAGAUUCACUAGAGGAAUUAGCAGAGAAAUGGGUAAUAUUAAGCCAAAAAUUAAUGUAGAAAAAGAUAUUAUUCCAAAAGAAGAUAAUUCUGAUGAUAAUAAAAGAGAUCAAUCAGAAAAAGAAACAGUUACAGGUAUACCUGUUUAUACCAAAGUAACCCGUAGUUUCUCCAAAGGUAAGAUACAUAAUGUAGAAAUGAGCAGAACUAUUGAAUGGAAACCAGCAGAUGUGGUUACAACCAAAAAUUAUUCCCGAAGUGUUAGCGAGAAAGUCACAAAGAAAGAAUUUCAGGAUACAGAUAUGAAAUCUUUUGAAAAACCACCAAUUAUUAAUGAAGAUGCAGAAAAAGUUGCUCAUAAAUCUAACGCAGACAAUAAAACUCAGAAUGAUAUUGAUAGCUUAGAAACAAAAAUACCAAAAGAUCCAGUACUAGAAGCUAAAAUAAAAGACACAGUCAAAGAUAUAGCGUCUAAAAUAACAACUAAGAAAGUAACAGAAUACAACACAGAAGAAAAAGUUACUAAUAUUGAGAAAAAUACAUUCAAAUUGAGUAAAACUGCUACAAACGUUGAUGAUUUAAAAGUAUCUCGAGAGAUAGGCACGCAAAUGAGUGUAGAUUAUAAAGGUACAGAUACUUCAAUUUCAAGAGACCUUAAUCACAAAGACAUUGGAACUCAAAUGAGUGUUGUAGAAACCAAAACGUCAAAAGUAUCUUCUGAAAAAGAUAAUACAGAAUCUAGAGAAAUUGGCACUCAAAUCAGUGUAGAUUUCACUAAAGUGCAACAAAAUAAUUCAGAUAAAGUAGAAAAAGAAGCGAAAGAUAAAGAACAUAGCGAUUCUUUGAAGCAAGAAAAAGAUGGAUAUAAAGUAGAAGCUACGGUACUUAAAGGAAAUGUUAGUAGGUUGAAAGAAAAGAUUGUGAAUGAUAAUGUUGGUAUUACAAAGCAAGAAAAGGAAGAAUUGCCUAAAAAGAAAUCUGUUUUGUCUAAAAUUGCUAUUUUUGAGAAUCUAGAACCGAAAGAAGUUGCAGAGGUACCAAAACGCAAAAUUAAAUGCAAAUAUGUUCCACCUACGAAAUACCAAACAAACAAUGAAGACGAAAUACCUCAAGAGCAAGCAAAAACAGACUCUUUAGCUGAUAGUAAUAAAGUUGAAAUUAAGAACUACGAUGAAGUGACAUACACAAAUGAACCAAAGAUUGUUAAAGAAUACUUGAAAACUGAAGAAGGGUAUGGCCAAAAUGAAAUUACUGAAAAAACAACCGUAAUUCAUACAGAACAAAGUACUAUUCAGUUUGAACAAAAUCAUAAAGUUUUGGAAACUGCUACAGUAUUACCAGCCAUCAUUGAUUUAAAGCCUAAAGCAAGUGAAAUUGGAUUUGCUGAAACGUUGCCUGCAAAAAUACACUCUAAUAUAAGUGAGAAUAAAGUUGAAAAUGCAACAAUCCUACCUGCUAGAUUAGAUUUCAGUAGCAACCAAUCAACCAAGGAAGAAAGUACUUCACCUAAAAUUUUAAUAAGAAAUGAUAAACCUAUAGAUAUGCCUGUUAUAAUACCAGCAAGAAUAAACUACGAAGCUGAUAUCGGUAAAGUUAAACCAGGUAAGCUUAAUCUAAACAACUGGAACAGUCAAGUAGAGAUAAAUAAAAGCACUGUUGAUAAAAUAGACAUAUUCAGAAGUGACAGUCUUCAAGAAAUAGCUUCUACAUUACCUGCAAAGAUUAAUAUUAAGACUGAUGAAAGUCAAAGCCUAGUAAGCAAGAACUUACCAGGAAUAGUUGACUUUAAAAAGGAAGAAAAUCAGUAUAAUGAGGCUGUUAUUUUACCAGCGAAAAUUGGCGUUGUUAGUACAGAAAUUCAGUUUGAAACUGCUGAAAUCUUACCUGGUAAAAUUGAAGCAGAGGAUAUUCAAAGAAGUGAAGAUAAUAUAUCAAGUAAUAAUGAUUUUAAAACAAAAGAAUACAUUGUUGAAAAUGUCACACAAGAGCCUGUUACAGUAAAUAUUGAAACAAGUACAAUACAAAUUGAAAAACCAACAGUGCUACCAGCUAAGUUAGAUAAUGACGUCAUCAAACCUGAUACUAGUCAAAAAGAAAUAAGUUCUUCUAAACCAAAGCCAGGUAAAAUAAACUUAGACCUAUGGAAAGACAAAGUAGAAUCUAAUAAAACUGUUGUAAAUAAAACUGCUAUUAAAAUCAAUAAAAAUGUUGAAACAUCAAAAGCGUUCACAGGUAAAGUAGACUUUAAAUCUUAUGAUAAACAAGUGAAAGAGACUCAAGGAAAUAACGUCUUUCAUAGAAGAGAAUAUAAGGUUGAAGUUGCUAAAACACUACCUGCCCAAAUUGAUCUUAGUACAACAAGACAUAGUACAGAAGUAGAGCAUAUUGAUCAAGGUAAAAUCGACUCUAGUGGUGCUAAAAUUCAAAGUGAAAUAAUCGAUAUUUCUCCAGCAACAAUAGAUUUUAGUAACGACAAAACUCAGAUUGAAACACCAACUAUAUUACCUGCUAAAAUAGAAUUUGGUGCUGUUGAUUUUCAAAAUGCUGAAGUUAGAACCAUAUCUGAUAAAAGCCCUUCAGAAAGUCGAAUAGAAGAAGGUAAAAUAUUACCUGCUGUACUACAAUUUGAGACUUACGAAUCUAAGGCUGAGAUAAGCGAAACAGUCCAAGAUAAUAUUUACUUUAGCAGUACUGAAAAUAAAGCUGAAAGCAUAAUAACUUCUUCAAGUGACGUUAAAAUAGAAGAAAUUAAACCUACACCAGGUAAACUUGAUUUAAAAGCUUGGGAAAAUCAAGUUGAAGAGAAUAAAAUACUUGUAGAUAAACUAGAAGUUUUUAGAAGCGAAAGCCAAGAAGAAAUAGCUAAAACAUUGCCUGCUGUAAUAGAUUUUAAGACUUAUGAAAUUACUGAAACUGAUAGAGAUGAAAAUGAGCUUAAUAACAAUGUAUAUAAGGUUGAAAGUCCCACUGACGAAGAUACACAUAGCUAUACAGUACGUGCUGAUAAUCACGAGUCACUUAGUGGUGUUAAAAACAAAAUGUACCUUAUAAAUAACGAGAAUAGAGAUCAAAAUUCAACGGACCUAGAUUACGAGAAAAGAGUAGACGAAUUACAUGCUAAAACCUAUUCUAUUACCGAUAUAAGUAAACAAAGUCACAAAGCUGAAAUUGUAUCUACAGAAACAGCUUUCGAAAGCUACACAACUGAAGAAAGUCUAUCUACAAAGGAUUAUGAACUGUAUAGCGCAACAAAUAAAGCACAAAAUGAAUUCACAAGAAGCACUAGCGCUUACGUCACUGAAAGCAAAACAAUAGCAGAUUUUAAAAGAACAAAAUCUCUAAUUGAAACUACAAACCAACAUACAGUCAACAGAAUUAUAACAACUGAAAAUCAACUUAAUUCUAAUACGCACAAAGUUCAAAAUGACACUAAUCUUGAAGCUGUUAGUGAAACAAAUGAAAAUGUAUUUAAUUUCAAUGUAGAUAAGGCAUAUAAUUCUUUAAUAACAAGUGCUUAUGGUACAGAAGAUUUCAAAUCUUCAACAGAAGAAUUGAAAAGGGCCAAAUCUUUGGCAGAAUUGGAUCUUGGUGACGCAGUGAACGGUAAAGUAAGAAGAAUAGUCGGCAGGAUUAAGUCUGUAGACUUUGCUAGAAGGGAUAGUGUCAAAACUGAAAUAAAUGUCAAAGAAUUGCCAAAAAAACUGACUGUGUUGGAGAAAAUUGCUCUUUUUGAGGGCAAGGCAUCUACCUCACACAUCCAGACCACGACUCCUAGAUCUUCCACCACCAAGAAACCAAAUAUGCCAGUCAUUUCUGAGGAGGACUACUUGAAGAGAAUCGAAGAACUCACUGCUGGGAAGACGAAAUAUGGAAGAUAUGAGAAAAUGAACUAUUUGCCUUUGGCUGAUGGCUCUAAAAUGCCUGUUUUAGCUGUGGGUACUGCUUUGUUGGACCCGCGUCUUAUAAAGUACCAGAUAGGAGCGGCCAUAGAUUUGGGCUACCGAGCCAUAGACACGGCGUAUAUCUAUGGCAAUGAGAAGGAGGUGGGGGAAGCUAUACAGGCUAAAAUUGACGAUGGCACUGUUCGACGCGAGGACCUGUACAUCAUCUCCAAGCUAUGGAGUACGUUCCACCGCACCGACCUGGUGGAGCAAGCCUGCAGAGCCAGCCUGGAGAAGAUGGGGCUUGAAUACUUCGACCUUUAUAUGAUACAUAACCCUAUGUCUUUUAAGGAAGGAUCAGACCCAAUACCAAAGAUCGCUACCGUCAUCCAAUACUCGCAACACGACUACCUAGACGCCUGGUACGGCAUGGAAGACCUGGUGAACAAGGGUCUGGUGAGGAGCAUCGGCGUCAGCAACUUCAACUCGCAGCAGAUACAGAGGAUCCUUGAUAAGGGACGGCUGAAGCCUAUGGUUAAUCAGGUGGAAUGUCACCCCUACCUGACACAGGAGCGUCUGGACAAUUUCUGCGCUGAACGUAACAUCACCCUCAGCGCUUACGGAGUGCUGGGCUCCAAGGGAACACCAGCUGAUAUGAAGAGUUCGUUCACCCCAGUGAUUGACGAUGCUCUUGUCAAAGUGAUCGCUUCGGGGUCCGCCGUGUCGCCGGCUCAGCUACUCAUACGUUACCAAAUAGAAUGCGGUCACAACGUGGUCGUCAAGGCUUCCUCAGCCGCGCACAUGUGGGACAACCUGCAGGCUCUCUCCUUCAACCUGGACAAGCUGCAAGUGAACGCUCUCAAUGCUCUUAACAAGAAUAAGAGGACCUUCACUUUUAAGGGAAUGGGAGAUACUCAUAAGAAUUACCCCUUCUCAUCUAUUUUUUAAUUAAAACACUACUUUCUUAUACGAAAGCCAUUUUUGUAUGUUUGUGUGUGUUCAACUUCGUUUUUUAUUUUCAAAAUAUUUUGA